AUGAAGCCCGACCUAACCGGUUUGCAACCACCACCAUCUCCGGAGCCCUCCUAUACAGAGCCGCCCGUGCUCGGGGAAACACGUCUCGAUCGACAGAAGCGGCAGCGCCGGGAGGAACGAGAGAGAGAAAAGCGUUAUAGAACGGAACUCGAGCAGCUCGCCAAGAAUCUAAAGAGCCAUGAGCCUAUGCUGUACGAGAUUGCCAAGGCGCUGGAGAAGGAGUGGUCCCCCUUGGACCGUUGCCACGAUAGGGAGCCUAAGCACGGCUAUGUCCCCCCGAAGGAUAUAGUGUCGAUGGGCAAGAAACGCUGCCGUAGCUCCUCGUCUGGCAGCAGCCCCUCACCUUGCGAUAGGCCCGCGAAGCGUAGCAAGACCUAA